AUGGCUUUGCCAAGCCUUUUGGACAUCCAGAAUGCCCUUCAGGCAAGCGUGGACAUUGAGUUCGGACUGGAGACGACUAUUUACUUGCGAAAGCUUAUAAAAGUUCCCGGCAGUCCCCGAAACGCCCGCGUCCAGAGCGUCAGACAGAGCGUCAUCCAGUUCCGUGCCAACAAGAUCAGCUGGCUGGGCAGCCGGCUGGACGAGAAGGACACGCCCAAGUCUGCCAUCGUCGAUGAUGACGACAAACUCAGCCUCUGUCCAGUCAGUAGCGUGACACUCGCGGACGAGCAGCCCCGGUUCAGGAAGCGCGAGACCUCCUCAAUCCUCGAGCUGUUCUACGACCUCUGGGUGGUUGCAACCCUCAACGUCUUCACGUCGGCACACGAGAUCACCACCCGGGACGAGCUGGCUUCGUUCCUGCAGUACAUCUUCCUGCUGUGGACGACCUGGUUCCUGGUGGUAGCCUAUGACGUCCGCUUCCUCGAGGACAGCGUCGUCGAGCGGCUCACCAGGGCGGUACAGCUCGGCGUCCUGCUCGUCUUCGUCCAGGCCGCGCCCUUCUUCGAACCAGCCGAGCAGACCCGUGGCGUCUUCGCCUCGCUGUCCCUCGUACUCGCCUUCUCCAGACUGGUUCUGGCGGGCCAGUACGGGAUCGUGCUCUGGCAGACCAGGUAUUUCGGGCAGGGUCGCACCGGGCUCGUCGCUGUCCUCGCCACCCACGUGCUGGCUGCUAGCCUGUACGCCAUCGUGUCGGCGGCAUUCUUUGUCCACGAAAACAGUCCGGCUUAUGUUGCCUGGAUGGUUGUGUCCACUUUUGAGAUCGUUGCGAACCUCAUCGUCGCGAUGAUGUCUCGGGUGGUCAGCUUUGAGGGCAGCCACCUGCCCGAGAGGCUCAGCCAGCUCACGCUCGUCGUGCUGGGAGAAGGGGUAAUUAAUCUUGCUCGCGACCUGACGAGCAUCGAGCGAAACUCUCAGAAUAGUUGGAUGUCAUGGAGCCCCCAGAUGCUGCUCAUCUUCAUCUCCGGCAUAGCCAUGGUGUACCUGAUUUUCCAGAUCUACUUCGACUGGAUGCAUCCUAACAGAAUGACCUCAUGGCCCCAAACCGCCUGGGCCCUCCUCCACCUGCCCUUCCACUUCGCUCUCCUCCUGGUAAUGGAGGCUAUGAACCAAUUCAUCAUCUGGUGGAGGCUCCUGGAGCUCAUCAGGCAGUCUGCGGCCGACAUCUUCAACGUCCUGUCUACCCUGCCGGUCGUGCCAACGAGCCAAGAGGUCGCCUCCAAGCUGAACGAGACUGUCACGAGAUUCGUUGAGACAUACCCUGCGCAGGAAGACGGAACAUUGGGGACUGAAGGCGUCAUGGAAACCCUGAAGAACGUAUCAAGCCUCCCCCAAGAGCUCUGGGAUGAGCUCUCCAACAGGGCGGGCCACGCCAAUGAGUCGUUUGUAUCCAGCGGUGCCUUGGCAGAUUCCCCCCGCGAAUUCCAAGACGACCUGGUGGGGCUCUUCUCAACUACCAUAGACACAAUAUUCAGCAACUUCGAGCUCGAACCGUUCGAGAGGGAGCCGACCGAGAUGACGGAUGCCUCCAGCGCCCAGAGGGAGGCGUUCGAGGCCACGACGCGCAUGUUCAACCUCGUCUUCGUCUACGCGUUUCUCGCGGCCGGCACACUGGUGAUCCUCCUAGUGCUCCUGCACGCUGCGUCCAAGAGGGAGGGCUGGACCCCGUUCAACAUCCUGCGCUCCGUGUUCAUCGGCGUGCUCGGGCUGGCGCUCAUGUUCGUCACGACACUGUCCACCAACGCCACGAGCCUGCACAGCUUUUUCGACACGCCUUGGCCACUGCCUAUGAUGACGUCUACCUUUGUGAUUGUGCUAUUUCUGACACAUGUGCCUCACCCGAGGUCUUUCCUUGGUUAUGCAGCCCCAGCAGAGGAGCCUCCGGUUGAGGAUCCGGCGUAUGGGUGGCCUAGAUACUACAACACUUCGAUUCGACCAUCACGAGUGAGGGAUAUGCCGGCCCAGGCCGGUGUUUAG